GACGAGGAGCCAGAGGCAUGCCGAGGGUUUGAAGAGAGCGGGUGGAGUCGAAGCUCGUAACAAGUUGGGACUGAUCGAGAAGAUCUCUCUUGGAAUGUAUACCAGAUUGAACAAAUUGGAAUGAAACUUUUGCCUGCCAGGGAGGACAGCUGCCGGCUACUAUUUUGCUUCCCAAAUUCCCUAUUUCCCGGCAAAGGCCCUUCGUCUCCACUUUUCCUUUUUUCGAUUUCAUCUCCGUCGCCACUCCGGCGAUUGCAUGUUCUUUCUAUAUAUUCACGCGUCUAUCAGGUGGAGCAUUCGAAAUGAAGAAAUCACCAUUGCCAACGCAAAGUAUGUGCGAGAAGAGGAAGAUAUGUGGGAAAGAAGCUCUUGUGAAGCUUUUGAGGUGGCAUUUUGGGCAUUCUGAAUUCCGGGGAAAGCAAUUGGAAGCUAUUGAAGCAGUUCUAUCAGGAAGGGAUUGUUUUUGCCUCAUGCCAACUGGUGGAGGGAAGUCAAUGUGUUAUCAGAUACCCGCACUGGCAAAAACUGGGAUUGUACUUGUUGUCUGUCCCCUCAUAGCAUUGAUGGAAAAUCAAGUGAUGGCAUUGAAGGAAAAAGGAAUUGCUGCUGAGUAUCUGUCCUCAACCCUGACUUCACAAGUUAGAAACAAGAUCCAUGAAGACCUUGAAUCUGGAAAGCCAUCCUUAAAGUUGCUUUACGUGACACCAGAAUUGAUUGCAACACCAGGAUUUAUGUCAAAGCUAAAAAAGAUUCAUGCUAGAGGGUUGUUGAAUCUGAUUGCCAUAGAUGAGGCACAUUGCAUAUCAUCAUGGGGCCAUGACUUCAGGCCUAGCUACCGGAAGCUGUCUUCUUUGAGGAAUAGUCUAUCAGACAUACCAAUAUUAGCUUUGACGGCUACUGCUGCCCCUAAAGUUCAAAAGGAUGUAAUAGAAUCCUUAUGCUUGCAAAACCCCUUGGUACUGAAAUCAUCAUUUAAUCGGCCAAAUAUUUAUUAUGAAGUGCGAUACAAGGAUCUUUUAGAUGACCCAUACUCUGAUUUAGCUAGGAUACUCAAAUCCUGUGGAGAUGUCUGUGCGAUUGUUUACUGCCUUGAACGUACAACUUGUGAUGACCUGGCUGUACAUCUACUAAAGAAUGGCAUCUCCUGUGCUGCAUAUCAUGCAGGGUUGAACAAUAAACUGCGGAGCUCUGUUUUGGAUGCUUGGAUUUCUUCUAAGACACAAGUUGUUGUUGCCACAGUUGCUUUUGGAAUGGGUAUAGAUCGAAAGGAUGUCAGGGUUGUUUGCCAUUUUAAUAUUCCCAAGUCAAUGGAAGCGUUCUAUCAAGAGUCGGGUAGAGCUGGUCGAGAUCAAUUGCCUUCUAGAAGUGUGUUGUACUAUGGAGUGGAUGACCGAAAAAAAAUGCAAUUUAUUCUGAGUACCACCUCCAACAAGAACAAGGAGCAAUCAUCAAGCUUACAGGAUGGAUGCUCAAGGAAAGCCCUUGCUGACUUCAAUCAGAUGGCUGAGUACUGCGAAGAGUCUGGCUGCCGGAGGAAAAAAAUUCUUCUGAGUUUUGGGGAACAGGUGCCAGCAUCUUUAUGCCAAAAAACAUGCGAUGCAUGUAAACAUCCAAAUUUGGUUGCUAAGCAUCUGGAGGAGCUCAAAACAACUUGUUCCUCUCGCCAAAAAUGUGGAUCGUCCCGAAUAUAUAUGAGCAGCUCCUCAAAUUUAAUUGAUGAAGAAAAAUUAUCAGAAUUUUGGAACCGUGAUGAUGAAGCAAGUGGCUCCGAGGAAGAUAUAUCUGAUUCUGAUGAUGCCAUUGAUGUGGCCAAGAGCCUUGUUCGCUCAGCCUUACCAUCAAAGUCUAGACUAAAUGAGAAGAUUGAGUUGCUGCAGCGUGCAGAAGAGAAUUAUUAUCGGAAUAAAAUUCCUGACAAACAGACUGGUAAAUUCGAAAAGAAUGCCAUAUCUGAAACAUUGAGAGAAUCCAGCAAGCAAAGAUUAUCAAACGCCCUGAAGCAAACCCGGCAGCGGCUUGACAACUUACAGAUUGACGUGGAAGCCGCGGCCUCCUUCCUUGAAAAUGAUUGCUACAAGAAAUACGGGAAGACUGGGAAGUCAUUCUACUGUUCUCAAGUGGCUAGCACGGUGAGGUGGCUUUCAACGACAAAUUCCACUGAACUAACGAAGAGGCUUGGUGUUAGCACCAGUUCUGCUGCCGAAAACAUAACCAUCCAAGAAAAUGGCUCUUCCACACAAUCGGCCUUGCUAGAUCAGGGACAUUUAGGAACGAGCACAACCGAAAUCCAUGGCGCUGUUAGAUCAGAAAUAGGUCCGAAUUUGCCGAACAAUUCCCAAGAUAUAUGUCUUGCUCCAAUCCCGUCUUCUUCAGAGUUCGUUAACAGCAGAAAAGCCAAGGACAAGAAAGUAUCGGUGAUGGCAGAAAAGCAGUCACCCAACGGAACUCAGAAGAAGCUGGAGAAAAGGAUGAGACUCCAGUAGGUCAAAUUGGCUUUUUUUGGUGAUAUACUAUGGUUUGGUUCAGUGGUUUUAAGUGUAGCAAAUUCUUUUAGCAAGUUACUAACUGAAUUUUGGCCGAAAGGGCACUGUUUGUGUUGAGUGGUGACAAUUACCGAAGUGGUAAUGUUUUUGUGUUCGUGUUAUGUAAGGCCUGGCCUUGUGUUUAAAUUAA